GGGCGUGCAGUCGAGUCCUGGGAAGGAGAGAUUGCAAUGGCAAUGGAGGCACUGUGUGCGUACAGGGGGCUGCUGAGAGCGACAAGGAAGACGUUUAAAGGGGACACGCUGAUGCUGAAAGAGUCUGCGGCCGAGGUCCGGAAGAAAUUCGAGGACAACCGCCACGUCACCUCCGAUGCCGAGAUCCGGCGACUCCUCGACGAGGCUCGCCAGGCCUCCGAUUUCAUUUCCACCAUGAUCGUCCAGGCCAAACUCAAUUCCCGUGGCGGUUACGAGGUGAAGCCAGCUAAAGAGCAUGCGGGAGCAACACUAGAGAUUCCUUCAGAGGAGGUUCUUAAAAAGUCUGUAUAAGGAGAGGGUCCAUGGGCAGAAAUGCAAGACAUUAUCAGCGGUUUUGAUGUUUCAUCUGUCUCAACUUUUCUUUGUUAAUGCCAUAAAAGAUGCUAGUGAAUUUCUACACUUCUAGAAAUUAUUGAAACUGUACCUUUUGUAGUUCAAUUAAGAAUUUGUCCUUUUGAUCAAAUGACAGUUGCAUAAACUUAAAAAGUAAA